CGAACAGAGCAUCAGCCGGACGCCGCCUUGGGCUGCUAUGGAGGGCGCCGGUGACCGCCUCGGCUUCGAGCACCGCCGCUGCCCGUGAAUUGUCGCCCCCCCCACCCCAGCUCUUUUCAGCGAGAACAAUGAUUCCUGUUACUGAAUUCCGCCAGUUCUCUGAACAGCAGCCAGCCUUCCGUGUUUUGAAGCCAUGGUGGGAUGUAUUUACAGACUACCUUUCUGUUGCCAUGUUGAUGGUUGGUGUGUUUGGUUGCACAUUACAGGUGAUGCAGGAUAAGAUCAUAUGCCUUCCCAAAAGAGUCCAGCCUUCUCCGAACAUAUCUCACCUGAAUAUGUCAGAUAUGGACUCCGGUGCAGCUCAGUUCCUUCCACCCAAGCCAUCCACACCUCCUGCCACUGUUGAAAUGAAAGGCUUAAAGACUGACUUAGACCUCCAGCAGUACAGCUUUAUAAAUCAAAUGUGCUACGAACGUGCCUUGCAUUGGUAUGCAAAGUACUUUCCAUACCUUGUCCUUAUACACACAUUGAUCUUCAUGCUAUGUAGCAACUUUUGGUUCAAGUUCCCAGGGUCCAGCUCAAAAAUUGAACAUUUUAUUUCCAUUCUGGGGAAAUGUUUUGACUCUCCUUGGACCACAAGGGCUUUGUCGGAGGUUUCUGGAGAAGACUCUGAGGAGAAAGACAACAGAAAAAACAACAUCAGCCGGUCAAACACAGUCCAGCCUAGCACAGAAGGCAAUUUGGUCAGGACGCAGUCCUUAAAAUCCAUACCUGAAAAAUUCAUUGUGGAUAAAGGAACUCCGGGGGCUUUGGAUAAAAAAGAAGGAGAACAAGCUAAAGCAUUAUUUGAGAAGGUGAAGAAAUUCCGUAUCCAUGUUGAGGAAGGUGACAUACUAUAUGCUAUGUAUGUUCGUCAAACAGUACUGAAAGUGAUCAAGUUUCUUAUUAUUAUUGCAUAUAACAGUGCGCUUGUUUCAAAAGUUCAGUUUACAGUAGAUUGCAAUGUUGAUAUUCAAGACAUGACAGGAUAUAAGCACUUUUCUUGCAAUCAUACAAUGGCACAUCUUUUUUCUAAACUCUCAUUCUGCUACUUAUGUUUUGUAAGUAUUUAUGGACUGACGUGCCUUUACACUUUGUACUGGCUGUUUUACCGCUCUCUGAAAGAAUAUUCAUUUGAGUACGUCCGGCAAGAGACUGGAAUUGAUGAUAUCCCAGAUGUCAAGAAUGACUUUGCUUUUAUGCUCCACAUGAUAGACCAGUAUGAUCCUCUUUACUCAAAAAGAUUUGCCGUGUUUCUUUCAGAGGUCAGUGAAAACAAACUGAAGCAGCUGAAUUUAAACAAUGAGUGGACUGCCGAUAAACUCAGGCAAAGAUUGCAAAUGAAUGCCCAUAACCGUUUGGAACUACAAAUGUUUAUGCUGUCUGGACUUCCUGAUACAGUCUUCGAAAUUACAGAGCUUCAAUCCUUGAAACUUGAAAUUAUUAAUAAUGUCAUGAUACCAGCUACCAUUGUGCAACUCGACAAUCUCCAAGAGCUCUCCCUAUACCAAUGUUCUGCAAAGAUCCACAGUGCAGCCUUGGCAUUUCUAAAAGAAAACCUGAAAGUCUUGAAUGUCAAGUUUGAUGACUUCAGAGAACUUCCACCUUGGAUGUACGGGCUCAGAAAUUUAGAAGAAUUGAGCUUAAUUGGUUCUUUAUGCCACGACAUUUCUAAAAAUAUAACUUUGGAGUCCUUUCGAGAGCUGAAGAACCUUAAAGUUCUGCACAUUAAAAGCAACCUCUCCAAAGUCCCACAGUCAGUAGUUGAUGUUUCAAGUCACCUUCAAAAAAUGUGCAUUCAUAAUGAUGGCACUAAACUAGUAAUGCUCAACAACCUGAAAAAAAUGGUCAACUUGACAGAAUUAGAGUUGGUGCACUGUGAUCUGGAGCGCAUUCCUCAUGCUGUUUUCAGCCUUAACACUCUUCAGGAGUUGGAUCUCAAGGAAAACAAUCUGAAAUCUAUAGAGGAAAUUGUUAGCUUUCAACACCUUAGAAAACUUACAAUCCUAAAGUUAUGGCACAACAGUAUAACCUAUAUCCCUGAGCACAUAAAGAAGCUCACCAGUCUAGAACGGCUUUCUUUUAGUCACAACAAGAUAGAGGUUCUCCCAUCCCACCUUUUCCUAUGCAACAAAAUUAGAUAUUUAGACUUAUCUAACAAUGACAUACGAUUCAUCCCCCCUGAAAUUGGGGUUCUACAAAGUUUACAGUAUUUUUCCAUUUCUUGCAACAAAGUAGAGAGUGUGCCAGAUGAGCUGUACUUUUGCAAAAAAAUCAAGACACUGAAGAUUGGGAAAAACAGUUUGUCUAUUCUUUCACCUAAAAUUGGAAAUCUAGUGUUGCUAUCCUACUUGGACAUUAAAGGAAAUCACCUGGAGUUUCUUCCCCAUGAACUUGGUGACUGCAGAGCUCUUAAAAAGAGUGGACUUGUGGUUGAAGACACAUUAUUUGAAACUCUGCCUUUGGAUAUUAGAGAACAGAUGAAGGCUGAAUAAUAUUCUCAGUACUCAAUGCAAACUUUAUGCCAAAUGCCUUGUACAUAACUAAUAUGC